AUGGUCCAAUCAGAGUGUAUCGAGCAGGACAUACGUCAGCGCUCCCGCGGGAUGCUACAAAGAUCAAAGGGUAACGGCGGGGCAGGGGGUGCUAAGAAUCCCCGGUUAGGAUACGGCUACCACACACGACGACCUUUGGCCCUGGCAACACUGAACACGCGCACACUGCGGACGGACGAGAGGAUCGCGGAGCUGGAAGAAGAAUUGAGCAGGUUGCGUUGGGACAUUAUAGGGUUAUCCGAAGUCCGAAGAGAGGGGGAGGAAACGAUAAUCCUCAAGUCCGGCAACUUGUUCUUCUUCCGGGAGGGCGACCAACAGUCGCAGGGUGGUGUCGGGUUUAUCGUCCACAAGUCCCUCGUGAACAAUGUGGUGAAGAUCGAGAGUGUGUCGACGAGGGUUGCGUACCUGAUACUCAGAAUAUCCAAACGGUAUUCGCUGAAGGUUAUACAGGUCUACGCACCGACCUCGACACACUCCGACGAUGAGGUGGAAACUAUGUAUGAGGAUAUCUCACGAGCCAUGCAUAGUUCCAAAACCUUCUACACCAUUGUCAUGAGAGACUUCAACGCGAAAAUAGGCAAACGGGACGGAGGCGAGCUGCGAGUGGGUAAUUUUGGAUAUGGACAGCGCAACCACCGGGGCCACUUACUGGCCAGCUUCAUGGAGAAGGAGGGGCUCUAUAUGAUGAACUCCUUCUUCAGAAAGCAAGAGCAACGGAAGUGGACCUGGAUAAGCCCAGACGGUGUCACCAAAAACGAGAUAGACUUUAUCAUGUCGACGAGAAAGCAAAUAUUCAAUGAUGUCUCAGUGAUCAAUGCCGUGAAACCCGGGAGCGAUCACCGAAUUGUCCGAGGCACAUUGAAUAUUGACGUAAAGCUUGAACGCAGUCGACUGAUAAAGUCCACGCUCCGGCCAGCACCCGUCCAUAUUCAGGACACCGAAAAUUUUCAGCUCAAACUCCAGAACCGGUUUGAUUGCCUAGGAAGUAGCGUGGACGAUAUAAAUGACGGGUUCGUGCAAGCCAUUCGGACGGUGGGUGGUAAGUUCUUCAAGACCCCCCGUAGAAGCUCGUCCAGGAAACUCUCGGACCAUACUCUUGAGCUCAUGAAGGAAAGGCGUGACCUGACCCUGCACACUCCAGAAGAUGUGAAGCAGUAUCGGCUGCUAAAUAGACGGAUCUCGAAGAGCAUUAAGCGCGAUAUACGCCAGUUUAACACAAACCGUGUUAAAAUGGCUAUUGAGCGGAACAAGGGCUCCAAAGUGUUUGCCCGAGAUCUGUCUAUUGGGCAAAGCCAACUGUCGAAACUGAAGACUGAAGAAGGCAGGGUUGUGUCCGCUAGACCUGAGAUCUUGAGUGAGGUUGAGAGAUUCUAUGGGCAGCUCUACGCUACGCAGAAACCCGUCACAGAUCUGGCGGAAGACCCUAGAGCCAGAUUAAUCCGACACUAUACCGAAGACAUCCCGGACGUCAGUCUAGACGAGAUUAGUGUGGCCCUGAAACAACUUCAGAACAACAAGGCGCCGGGGGAUGACGGAAUCACAGCAGAGCUAUUAAGGGCGGCCGGAGAUCCGAUGGCGGGCGCAGUGGUGACAUACGAGUUGGUUCUCAUACAAGCCUCCGAACGAGUGGGUUUGAAAAUGAACAUGGAUAAGACAAAGGUCAUGUCAAAUAUCCAUGUUUCACCCACUCCAAUAACCAUCGGAGGCCAUACUCUCGAAGUUGUUGACGAGUAUGUCUACCUGGGACAAACCGUCCAGCUAGGUAGGUCCAACUUCGAGAGGGAGGUCAAUCGCCGAAUCCGACUCGGAUGGGCAGCGUUCGGGAAGUUGCGGGAUAUCCUCUCGUCCCAAGAUAUACCGCAGUGUCUCAAGACAAAAGUCUUUGACCAGUGCGUGUUGCCAGUGAUGACAUACGGGACAGAGACGUGGCCGCUCACUGCGGGCAAUAUCAGGCGGCUUAAAGUCACUCAAAGGGCAAUGGAGCGGGCAAUGCUCGGAGUCUCGCUGCGAGAUCGCGUCAGAAACGAUGCGAUCCGCAGCAGAACCAAAGUAACCGACAUUGCCCGAAGAAUUGUAAACCUUAAGUGGCGAUGGGCUGGCCAUAUUGCCCGCAGAACGGACGGCCGAUGGGGCCGAAGAGUCCUGGAGUGGCGGCCACGGAUAGGUCGUCGCAGCGUAGGUAGGCCUCCCGCAAGAUGGACCGAUGACCUGGUCAAGGUUGCGGGAGCGCACUGGAUGCGGGCGGCACAGGACCGGGCAUUGUGGCAAUCAAUGGGGGAGGCCUACGUUCAGCAGUGGACGACCUAUGGCUGGCAAUGAUGAUGAUGA